UUCGUUUUUUUUUGGUUUUUCGUUUCCAUUUUUUUUUUAUAAAUUGGUUGUUCCCCUUUAUAUUGUGUUAAACACUCUAAAUUUUCAUAUCGAAUGUUGUCACCAUUUCGUUCAACGUGUAUAUCAAAAAUUCAAACAGAAAAUGGCCGUUGUACAAGAUUUGAAUAUGCUGUUGCAUCAUGUCAAGGUUGGCGUAAAACACAAGAAGAUGCACAUUUAGCUAUUGCCGAUCUGGAACGUAAUACAUCAAUAUUUGCUGUAUUUGAUGGUCAUAAUGGACUGGAAGUUGCAAAAUUUUGUUCAGAAUAUUUACCAAAACAUUUAUUAAAAAAUCGUAAUUAUCGUCAUGGUAAUAUUGAACGUGGUAUACAAGAAUCAUUUAUGGCAUUAGAUGAAUUAUUACUUACAAAAGAAGCAAAUGAUUUAUUAAUUGGACCAUAUCGUGACAAAAAAUUAUCAUCAUCAUCAUCAUCAUCAAUGAUGCCACAUCUACCAUCAGAUGAACCAUUAGCAUAUUAUGUUGGCUGUACGGCUGUUGUAUUAUUAGUUAAAAAUGAUAUUUAUUAUUGUGCUAAUAUUGGUGAUUCACGUUGUUUAGUUGGUCGUUCUACAAGUGGUGGUCGUUUACAAGCACUUCAAUUAUCAUAUGAUCAUAAACCAACAUUACCGGAAGAACGACAACGUAUUGAACAUGCUGGUGGACAAAUUAUUAAUAAUCGUGUUAAUGGUGGUAUUGAUAUAUCACGAGCAUUUGGUGAUCAUAAUUUUAAACAAAAUAAACGUCUGAAUCGUAAACAACAGAUGGUAAUUGCAUGGCCACAUUCAACAGUAGAAAAAAUACAAGAAGAUGAUCGUUUUAUUCUAUUAAUUUGUGAUGGUAUUUGGAAUGCAAUCAGUAAUCAAGAUUUAAUUGAUUUUGUUGGUAAAUGUAUGUCAGAAGAUAUGCCAUUAACACGUAUAUGUGAAGCUGUUAUACAAAAAAUAUUACCAGUAAAUUCAAUGCCUAGACAAGGUAUUGCCGGUAAAGAUAAUAUGACAAUAAUGAUUAUUAAAAAAUUACCAAUAAAUUUUCAAACAAAUCAACAAACAUUGGAUACAAUUUCACAACAACAAUCAAUAUUAUCACAUUCACCAUCAAAUAUAUUAUCAUCAGCAGCUAAUAAUAAUAAUAAUAAUAAUAAUCGUCGUGAACGUUCAUUAUCAUCAGCAUCAUCAUAUAGUACAGCACAAUCGAAAAUAAUAUUCAGUCAGGAUAUGGUACGUCGUGUUUAAGUUAAAAAAAGAUUUUCUUCAUCUUCAAUUUUCAAUUGGAAAAAAAAACAUUAACUGCACCAAUCAAAUAUUAAGUAAAAUUAACCCUCACACACACACAUUACUAUUGAGUAAACAAAACUGUCAAAUUAUAAAUUUUUUUAAAAAUAAAAAAUGAAAAAUG